GUCAAAUUCCUCAGCGCGGGGAGGAACUUGAGUAACAGCGACUCCAAAAACAAGCAGAGAUCCGAUGCAUGGACACACAGCAGUCUUCUCUAUAAACUUCAUUUAACAGCGCAGGAGAAGCAAAUAUGGCAGAAGAAGGUGAGAUGGAGAGUAUUGUCCCUAGUGCCCUCAACACAAGGAGUGAAACAGGAGCACUAGUGGAGGUCAAGUUUCAGAAAAACCCCUAUCAAACCCAGAAGUACCUGGAGGCAGAACCAAAAGCUUUAGGGGUAACACAGAUUAUGCUGAGUCUCUUUUUCUUGAGUAUCUUAGGUGCGACUUUGAGAGAUCAACACCACCCCACAGCCAUCAUCCGUGCUAUCAUUUCUUCAGCUAGCAUAAUAGCUGGUAGUGUGGCAAUAGCAGCACGGAAUCUUCACCUUCCUACACUGAAGGCCUGCUUGGGGAUGCAGGUUGUGGCGUGUGUGCUGUCAGUGAUCUACUUUUUCAUAAGUUCGGUUGUAAUAGUAGGACCUUCCUUCUUUCGCUACUGCUGGACUGACUACCAGAAUGGUACAUCACAAAACAUGUGUGACAGACUGAUGGCUCUCAGUGAGCAUAUCAUAGGAAUACAGAUGCUGGUGCAGUUGACUCAGAUUGCUCUCUCUGCAACCUUGGCUGCUUUCUGCUGCAAAGUAAUUCAGUGCUGCUCCCCGAGGAGCAAUGUGCCUGUUAUUGUGGUGAACGCACCCCCAGGUCCUCAGUGACGACAGAGUCACAACUCAUUUAACCACAGUUUUGUUUUACACACAUGCAUUAUAUAUAUACAACACACACAAUUGCUCUCUCUCUCUCUCUCUCUCUCUCUCUCUCU